AAAAAAAAAAAAAAAAAAAAAAAUCACGGACCACAUUGCAUCCACAACAAAUUACUUUGAGACUUCAUCAAAUUAUAAUAUCAAUCAAUACCGCAAAGGCGCCAAAGGCCAAAUCGAUCAAAAAAGAGCCCAAACCACCUAAACCACCCAAGCAUAGAAUAGUCAUUACUAUGCCUCGCAGGAAGCCAGAGUUUGGUAUGGAAACUUUCGGCACAGAAUCAACAGAUGCUAUUGCACCAGCAGUUGUAGAACAGGGACAGCAGGAGUCAACGGAAAGUGCCACCAAUGCUCAACAGGGCGAAAACGGACAGAGCGCAACUCAGUAUCCACAGGACGGCUCCACUACAAACAUCAAUGUAUCGACAGCAACUGUUGAAAAUGGAGGGAGCGCACAGCCUACGCAGAAUGAGCAACGACCAACGCAGCACAUGCAGCAGCCUCAGCAGAGUGUACCGAGUCCAGGCGUCCUGUCAUUGUAUGCGCUACAAUAUGCGAACAGUAGUUACUUCCGUCGUGAUCCGUCAUUAAUGGGCCUCAGGACUCCCAGUACUCCUGCCACUCCUGGCUCCACAGGUCUAGCGACCUCUCAUUCAGCACAGACAUCUUACUUCCCUGCCACACCGGCCAGUGGAAAUACCAUCGCUACAAGAUCGAUGUUCGGUGGAUGUCCAAAACACCAUUACAAUCCUCACUUCGAAGAAACGGCCAUCAAUAGCGGGCUCGAUAGCAGUGAGCAGUCAUCAUCACCGAUUUUCAAAAAUCUCGGGCAUUAUACCUCUGAUGUACCUGAAAUGAAACGACAGCGGCAUAUCAGAUCCGAGAUACUCCCCACCAUUAUCACCAAUUCCUCAUCUCAAGGACCACACCGUCACCCCUCUUCUCAAAUAUCUUCUGCCCUUCAGACCCCUGCCAUCUUUGGACAGUGCAGUGAUCACCAAGCUUUCGCAGCUGCAGCCGCAGGAUCAGGAUCAGGAUCAUACCCCACGCCGGUCACCAGUGCCGCGACUCCCAGAAGCCCUAACUCUAUGAGCGAAUGGCGCAUGAUGCAAAUGCAGCUCCAGCAACAGGACGAGGUAUAUUUCUCUUUGGCAUUACCAUCUGUGAGCACUAUGUCGCUCAACACCCUGAGCUCACACAUGUCGAGUUCGUAUUCGACAUCUGCACUGACGCCCAUCGCCGUCGGCGGUGGGACCGUCACAGCCUCGGCAUGUUCCUGCUGCGAUUGCAAUUCCAACAACAGCUCUCCUCCUUCUACACGAAUAUGCAUUGCCCAGAGCCCAGUUUCGGCGACACCAACAUUUGGGGCCCAGGUGUCAGGACUGGAUAGUGUAACUCAGCACCACAGCAUUUUGUUACCUACAAGUUCGUCGAGAAGCUACUUAUCUGCUACUGAGAGUUCCAAAGUAAACGGCAGUAAGCGGCAAUCAUGGAUCGGGGGCAGCAUCCACCAGUACCGCCAAAACUAUUCGUUUCAUCAGGCGCAAAUGCACAGUCACUGUAGUGCCAGCACCAUCAGCGGCGGCUGCUUGUCCAAUCAGGACGCGUGCGCACAGGGCACACCGCACGGACACGGACUUGGAUUAGUCCAGGCGCCGCUCGCAACCUUUCGAUUUGAAUACGCACCCAGUUUGGUCGACCCAUCCGAGUUUGAGCAUUCAUCUCAACAUAAUACUCUUUAUCAUCGCCAUGGCGGCAGCGGCAUCGAUAACUAUGGAUCAAGUCCUGCAGGAACAAAGGCGCCCAUGAGCCAGUUUGAAAGCCAUUCAUAUCUACUCUCAGCUCCAACUUCUGCGAUUGGAUAUCAUACGAGGAGCAAGACCAAAGACUGUGGAAACUGUCUCCAAUAUUGUUGGCAUCGAUUCAUGACAGAAGCUGGAGCAUUAACAGCCGGAGCAUUAACAGCCGGAGCGCAGGCACCAGCAUUGGCCACACUAGCAACUCCAGAGACGGUCACGCUUGGAGGAGUAGAGAUAGGAGUUUCUAUUUCAAACAUG